CUAGUCCUCCGACAGGGUCAGGGCUUGACCCUAGGUUUGUCCGGCUCGGGUCUGCUCGCGAACACAUAUAUAUCCCCACCGUUAAUUGCUUGAUAUUUCCUCUGACUAUCAGUACUUGGGGCAGUCUCGGACUUUGGCCAUUUUUUAUUUUUCCUUUUUCAAUUUUGGUCGCUCCUUUACUGAUGUUGCCAGUGAUGUUGUCCCCUUCCAUCAUCGAUCCUGUUGCACGCAACAUCGUUAUACUAACAACGACUUUAACCGCGCUCAUGGUUCUUGAGUAUAUUUGGUUUUUCACCGAUGAAGUCCGGCUAGUCUGGCCGCGAUUUUUGAAGACCAUGGAAGCUAAGAUUUACGUGGUGACCAGGUAUGCUGGUUUUGCUGGCCAAAGUUUUAACAUCUGGUUUGCAUGUAGGAUGGUCUCGAAAGUUCCCAACAAUCCGUCCACUUGCAGAGCAUGGUACUGGUACCAGAUCUUGAUGACCCAGUGUCUGCUGUUCUCAGUGGAGUUAUUACUCAUGCUGCGAGUGUGCAAGAUGUAUGGAAAAGGCAAAUCUAUCUUUGCACUCUCGAUCGUCUUCGGUGGCGCACAGUUUGCCGCGAAUGCAGCCAGUGCUCGAUCAGUUAUAACUGGCACUAGCUAUUCCCCCACUUGUGUCAUAAUCUCGCCUCAUCACAGUAGGAUCUAUCACGGCGUCUCAAUCAUUGUAAUGUUCAUGUUCAUCCUUUCUACAAUGCUAUGGAGAUUCUUCAAAAGUUCAUCCGGCCUGUCGGAAGCUCCUCGUGCUUGGCUCAAGCUUGCGGUCCGCGACGGCAGCUGCACUACCAUUGCGGUAAUGGUGAUCUUCAUCUUUAUGUUUCUCUGCAGCACACGCGUAAUCAACACACGGAUGAGUGGAAACAUCAUCUUCUACGUACUGUUUUCCCUCCUUUGGUUUGCUGCUGGACGCAUAGUCCUUCAUGACGCAAAAUUCCGUAAAAUGCAAGAAUCUCAGAAGAGUGACAUUAAUGAUCCAAGGUUGACUCAGACGAUCGAGGUGGAACCUUUUGAUGACUCUGAUGCAUUUCCGACGAGUCCCUCCAGCCUCGGGGUCGAGUCGAUCGAAGUUUCCACCCCGUUCGACUGCAUGUCAGAUGCGGGAACAAGGGAUAUCGCUGACGAACACCUUUGCGGGGAAGACGAUAUGCAGCUGUCGAAAUGCGCACCUACAUUCAUACUUAUUGAAAGAUGCAUCAGUGGUAGGGGUUUGGGCUUUAAGAAGUAAAGCAAUUCUAUUUGUUUCAUAAGAUGAUCAUAAGUUUCGUAGUACAUACUCCACAUAUCACUAAUGGUUUUACAUUAUCAGGCAUAUGGUGCCACUCUUCGACUGAAAGUACUGCCAGAGUUACCCAGAUUCCGGAACGCAACCUGCAUGUCAUCUAUAUACAAGCGGUGACCUUCGGUCGUUGCUUUAUUACAGAGGUAGAUUUUUGUACGCUAUACUUGCACCAACUUUAUCUUCGUUUCCUCACG